CACCCAAUAAGCGAUUUGUACUCUGACAGAAACCAACCAACCCGUGAAGGUUUUGUUGCAGGGAUGAGGAUGCUGCUUUUGUCUUUGUCUAUGUGGCCUGAAGCACAGCACCCUUUUUUGUGUCUGCUUUUGAUAUGACGAGCAUCCAACCUAAAGAGCUUAAGAGGACAACGUAUUUACUUUUGGCUUCUAUCGGCACAGGUGUCACAUCUGAAGAACUUUUUUUUUAACUUCACACGAAACUGUUGGAUAAUUUACGAGGGCCUUUGCCAUCAUUCAGACUCUUGUUUAGGUUCUGUUUGACAUUCGUGGGUGCUUGGAAGUAAUCCAUCUUUGACAGCCACUGCAUCUACGUCACAGUAUCAAAUUCAAUUGGUGUGACCUGUUCGGGUAAGGCAACACCGGACUGGGUAGCAACAGAGACACAUGUCCCAGUGAUAAGAGCAGAUCUUUCUUUACCGAGAAGACAUACUAAGUCCACCACACAUUAGAGUGGUGCGAGACCAACUUCUACCCUCCGGACGUAGCCUGUGAUGGUGGGACUCUCACUGAAGUUCAGUCAAUCCCAUAUGGGUGAGUUAAGACAAGUGGCAGCAGUUCUUCAAUUAUUCAUCACUUCAAAGGAAGACCAGGCGAAAGUGUACACUACUGUCUGAGAAACCAAAAGACAGACUAGAACGUGGCUGAACAAAACUUGGUUCCAAGAAUUUUGAAAGACAAAUCCUAAGAGGUCUGGCAAGGAUCUUAGACUUCUCGCAGAAGAUUGGGACCAAAUAACAGACUAGAACAAAACUUUGCUCUGAGAAUUUAAAGACACUCCGAGAAGUCCAGCAAGGAACUUUGAAGGGGGACACGAGGUGGACUGACAAACAUACAGUAAGACCAGAAGAAGGACAGACCAAGUCUUCUUACUGAGGAUUGGCAAACGUGCCAACCUCUUUGUGCAAGGAGGGCUGAAGCUAUUAUCUAUAGUUGGAGCAUCUGCAAGCGGAAAAGUGUCGUCGAGUUUGUGGCCCGAGGAGGCGUGGUACUCAGAGGGUGGUGAGAUGGUGAACACAGGUAUGCAGCUGAUCAGCUUCACCUUUGCUGUGACAGGCUGGGUGAUGGCUAUAGCAGUGACCGCACUGCCCCAGUGGAAGGUCACGGCCUUCAUAGGCAGCAACAUCUUGACCUCCGAAAUUAUUUGGCAGGGGAUCUGGAUGAACUGCAUCUACCAGACCACCGGCCAUAUGCAGUGUAAGACCUACGACUCCAUGCUAGCUCUACCGCCUGAUAUCCAAGCAGCACGAGCGCUGAUGUGCAUUGCUAUCUUCUUGGGCUGGUUGUCCUGCACCGUUUCUUGCUGUGGAAUGAAGUGCACCACCUGUGCCGGGGACGAUCGCCAUGCCAAGGCUGGCAUAGCGCUGUCCGGUGGGGUGCUCUUCAUCCUGACGGGCCUGUGCGUCCUAGUGCCGGUUUCCUGGACAGCAAACACUGUGGUGCAGGACUUCUACAACCCCAAUGUUCCCCUCCAGCACAAGCAGGAGCUGGGUCAGGCCAUUUACCUGGGAUGGGCGGCAGCAGUGAUUCUUAUGAUCAGUGGGGCAGUGCUGAGCAGUACCUGCCCACACAUCGAGAGAGGAGGGUACAGACAUGGAUACAUAGGCCGCAGUUUUGCAAACUCCAGGCCUUCUGCUCCUGAUCUGCCGAAGCCAAUUAUCACCAGUACCCAGCCUCUUAAGGCGUAUGUAUGAUAGAGAUAAAAAAUGAAAGAAAAUGUGGGAAGGUUUGGCUAAACGGAUAAUGAUUAAAGGUGCACUCAGUGAUUUCUGUUUCAAUGGACGGAUGCAUUCUGUGUUACUGUCAAUCUGAUGAUCAUGGCCAUAUUUGCCAUUUAAAAUCCCAUUUAUCUGCUUUUUCUGUCAUUUAUUGUAUAUCGGACACAUGUUGGUGCUGUUCACUCCAGCUCCUUUGUUAAAUUGUCUGUAAUAUACAGAUUGUAUUUAUUGUUAUAUUGUUUGGUUUGCUUUUGUUUAGAUGUGUUUUUGUGUUUUUAUGUUUAUGUAUGUAAAGCACCACUAGUGGCACCAAAAUUGAAUUAUAAUUUGCUAUUUGUUCAGUGGAAAAUUGGCAAAACCAGUGCUGUGAGUUGAACUAUUAGUUAGU